AUGAAAGUCCCGUUAGCCUUCCUGCUUUCGACAGCAGUCGUAUCUGGCGGGGUAGUUCCAUCCCCAUCAUACCCUGCGCUUUCUCCUGCAGCAACUGCCCUUCCGGCUUACACGGUGGGAGCGCCACCAUUAUUCCCAGGGGAGACCAUUCAGUUGACCGAAGAUGUCCUAAAUGGUCUCGGAGUAAGUCUCGGGGACAUGAGUCUUUUGAAUCUGUUCUCCUUCGGCAGUGCGCAACCUCAAGCCAAGACCACCCGUCAGUGUAAGACAAUGCCCGGCGACGCUGCCUGGCCAUCACAGUCAACAUGGGACCUCUUCAAUCAGCUGCUCGGGGGAAGCCUUCUGCGGCCUGCCCCACUCGCAGCGCCGUGCUACUCAGGAUGGUCGCAAUUCGAUAAUGCAACCUGCUUUCACCUGAGUAUGAACUGGAUCAACUCUUCCCUUCACAUCCAACAUCCGACCUCUGUCUUGAGUCCUCUGUACGAGGGGCGUACUUGCAUGCCCUUUGGCUUUAACUAUACCAACAUGUGCACUGUGGGCGGUUACCCGACGUACGUGGUGAAUGCAUCGACCGCUGCGCAGGUUCAAUUGGCCGUGAACUUUGCGCGGAACUCGAAUCUGCGCCUUGUAGUGAAAAACACCGGUCACGACUUCAACGGGAAGUCGACCGGGAAAGGCGCAUUGUCCAUCUGGACACACUGGUUGAAAGACAAGGUCUUUUACCCUACCUUCGCGGCCGACGACGGUUAUGUGGGACCCGCGAUGAAGCUUGGGUCGGGAGUCCAGGCUUUCGAGGCAUACGAAUUCGCCAAACAGUCCAACGUGACAGUCAUCGGUGGUGAAGGCGUGACUGUGGGCUUGGCCGGGGGAUACACCCUCGGCGGGGGGCAUUCACCGUUGAGUAGUCUGUACGGCUUGGCAGCAGAUCAGGUAUUGGCCAUACAAGUGGUUCUCGCGGAUGGUCGGUUCAUCACCGCCACGGCCAAGCAGCACGCGGACAUCUACUGGAUGCUGUGUGGCGGCGGUGGAAGCACCAUCGGGGUCGUGACCUCCAUCACCGUGAAAGCAUAUCCUCAGAUCUCUGCGACCACCGUCACUUUCAACUUCUCGGUCGCCGACACCCCCGGUCCCGAUGCGUUCUGGGCAGGGUUCGAAUCCUAUCUCGACAACAUUGAGCGUCUGGUCGACGCCGGAACCUAUGCAUACUACGACCUGGGUGCAUCGGCUGCGGAACGAGGCACCAAUUUCCCCGGGGACAGGGACUAUUACCUGCGAAUCCAAUCGCUCCUGGCGCCGAACAUGACCAUCACGGAGACGAAGCAUCUUCUGCAGCCGUGGUUCGACCGGCUUGACACUCUAAACAUCCGCUACACCCCGCAAUACAACUUCGCGGAUAACUUUCACGAUGCAUGGAAAUCUGCCUUUCCACAGGAACACAUGGGGGCUGCGACGACGAAGAUCGCCUCGCGUCUUCUCCCGCGCAAGGCAUACCAGGACGAUGGUCUCCGGCACCAGAACUUCCUCGCGCAUAAGGACGCGGUGGCAAACGGCUUUUCCAUCGCGGCCUUCCAUUUCACCGGAAGAGGCAAACUCGUCGAACCGCCCCAGAACAACGCGGUGCUGCCCGCCUGGCGCGAAACCCUGACGCAUGCCAUUGUCAUCGGCCAAUGGAACUCGACCUCGAGCUGGGACGUCGUUGAGCAUACCUCCCGCUCGCUGACGCAGUGGAUGCAGGCCAUGCGGGACCUGGGGGAGUCGGGCGUCUACAUGAGCGAGGCGGAUCUGCUGGAACCCGACCUGCAGAAUGCCUACUACGGGGUCAACUAUCCCCGUCUGUAUGCGCUCAAGCAGAGGUAUGACCCGACCGGGGUGUUCUUUGCUCUCACCGCGGUCGGAGCGGAGGACUGGACGGUCUUGGUGGAGGAUCCUGUGCCGGAGUCGUGGAAUACCAACGGCCGGCUGUGUCCUCGGAGGAGCUGA